GUGGCUGUGGACUUCACCUGGGAGGAGUGGCAGGACCUGAAUGAUGCUCAGAGGAGUUUGUAUAGGGAUGUGAUGCUGGAGACGUACAGCAACCUGGUGUCACUGAAUGUCCAGAUAGAUGAUGACCUAGUGAAGAGGAACCAAGAAAGUCACAGUAAAUGCUUGCAGCAAAUUGUAAUCACCAAUAGCAACAGCAACACAUCAGCUGAGGAGAGAGUUGUGUUAGGAAAAUCUUAUUUGAAUUCAUACCAUGUUUUAAAUCUGAUUAUAAAUAAUGGAAAGUAUUCAGGAAAGGGACAUGAGGAGUUUUACAUAUGUCAGAAUGCACUUCCUCUUCGAGAGCCUGAUGAGAUGCCUGCUGGAAAGAAACAUGAUGACCAUCUUAUAACGGGAAAAUUGCCCAGACAUGAGCAUCUGAGUCAGCAUCUCAAUAUUGAAACUGGAAAGCAGCCUUUAGAAUACAGUGGAAAAUGGAAAUCCUCCAACACAGAGCCAAUAAUAUUUAUACAUAGAAAGACUCAUAUGGAUGGGAUUACCUGUAAGUAUAAUGAAUAUGGGAAAGGCUGUGGUAAGUCAGCUGUCAUUGCUCCAGAAAUAAAUCAGGUAGAAAGGAAAACUUUUCAAUGUGGUAUAUGUGGGAAAAUGUUCUAUAAAAAAUUUGAACUCACUAAACAUCAGAUUAUGCACACAGGAGAGAUCUACAUUUCAUAUCAGAGAACUCUCUCAGGUGAGAAACCACAUGAAUGUAAAGAAUGUGGAAAAGCUUUUAACCAAAAGUCAGACCUCAGCAGGAAUGAGAGAAUUCCCACAAGUGAGAAACAGUAUGAAUGUAAAGAAUGUGGCAAAACUUUUAACCAAAAGUCAAGCCUCAGCCUUCAUCCCAGAACUCACACAGUUGAGAAACCAUAUAAAUGUAAAGAAAGUGGAAAUGCUUUUAACCAAAAGUCAGAUUUUAGCAGGCAUGAGAAAAUUCACACAUGUGAGAAACCAUAUGAAUGUAGAGAAUGUGGAAAAACUUUUAAGCAUAAAAUUCACACAGAACCAUAUGAAUGUAAACAAUGUGGAAAAGCUUUUAGUGGAAAGUCACAGCUCAGCAGGCACCAGAAAAGUCACACAGGCGAGAAACCAUAUGAAUGUAAAGAAUGUGGAAAAGCUUUUAGCGGACAGUCACAGCUCAGCAGGCAUCAGAAAAGUCACACAGGUGAGAAACCAUAUGAAUGUAAAGAAUGUGGAAAAGCUUUUGGUGAAAAGUCAUACCUCAGCAGUCAUCAAAGAACUCACACAGGUGAGAAACCAUAUGAAUGUAAAGAAUGUGGAAAAGCUUUUAGCAAAAAGUCAUAUUUUAGCAUUCAUCAGAGAACUCACACUGGUGAGAAACCAUUUGAAUGUAAAGACUGUGGGAAAGCAUUUACCAACAAGUGGGACAUCAGCAGGCAUGAGAGAAUUCACACAGGUGAGAAACCAUAUGAAUGUAAAGAAU